AUGCCGCCGCCCGAAUCCUCAGCCGCCGGAUGGUUCUCGCUUCUCGGCAGGCAUGGCAUCUUCCAGCGAGGCACGCCGUGGGCGGACGGCCCGUCGAUGGUGACGCAGUGCCCCAUCUGCCCGGGCCGACGCUACACGUACAGGUUCAACAUCACGGGGCAGGAGGGCACGCUGUGGUGGCACGCUCACAGCUCCUUCCUCCGCGCCACGGUGUACGGCGCCCUCAUCGUCAAGCCGAGGAGCGGCAACGCCUACCCCUUCCCGGCGCCGGACGAGGAGAAGACCGUCCUUCUUGGCGAGUGGUGGAACGCCGAGACCGUCGCUCCCAACGCAUCAGUCGCCGACGCGUACACCAUCAAUGGAAGCCCCGGGGAUUCCUACAGCUGUGAGACGACGGCGAAGCGAAUCGAAAAGUUCGAGGUGCGUGGCAACUCCACCUACUUGCUGCGGAUCAUCAACGCCGCGCUCAACACGGCGUUCUUCUUCAAGGUGGCCGGGCACACGUUCACCGUCGUCGCGGCGGACGCCAGCUACACCACGCAGUACAAGACGGACGUGAUCGUCAUCGCGCCGGGGCAGACCGUCGACGCGCUCAUGGCGGCCGACGCGUCCCCUGGCCGCUACUACAUGGUGAUCUCCUCGUACCAGAGCGCGGUUCCCCUGCGACCAGGGAGUUACAACACCAACAUCACCACGGCCGUCGUGGAGUACAUCGGAGCGGCGUCGGGCGGCCAGCAGGCGCCGGCGCUGCCCGAGAUACCUGAACCGACCGACACGGCCACGGCUAACAGGUUCUACACCAGCCUGACGGCGCUCGUCCGCCCAGGCAGGCGGACCGUUCCGCUCGCCGUCGACACCCGCAUGUUCGUCACGAUCGGGCUCGGCCUAGCCUCUUGCAAACCGACGGAGACGUCGUGCAGCAGCAGCGCCGGCACGGUGCCCGUGGCCACCAUGAACAACCAGUCGUUCGUGCUCCCAAAGGCCAUGUCGAUGCUCGACGCGCGGUACCGGAACACACCGGGUGGCGUGUACACAACGGACUUCCCCGACCAGCCGCCCGUGGCGUUCGACUACACGAACCAGACGAAGCGGUUGUUGGGCGGCGUCGCCGCGGCGCUGCUGUUCCCAGGGGAGCCGUCGACGAAGGUGAGGACGCUGGCGUACAACGCGACGGUGGAGAUGGUGCUGCAGAACACGGCGCUGGUGGGGCGCGAGAGCCACCCGAUGCACCUGCACGGGUUCAACUUCUUCGUGCUCGCGCAGGGGUUCGCCAACUACGACGGCGGCACGGCCGCGGAGCGUCAGUUCAACCUCGUGAACCCGCAGGAGCGGAACACCAUCGCGGUGCCGACCGGCGGGUGGGCCGUAAUCCGCUUCGUAGCUGAUAACCCAGGAAUGUGGUUCAUGCACUGCCACAUCGACGCUCACCUUUCGAUCGGCCUGGCGAUGGUGUUCGAGGUGGAGGACGGGCCCAACACAAAGCUGCCGGCGCCGCCGCCGGACCUCCCGCAGUGCUGA